CAUGCAGUCCCUGAAGCUCGCGUUCGUGUAACGUAUAAUCGGUAUAAGUAAUAAAUACUGCAGUGUGCCUAUAUAUACACAAACACCCAUCCGUGCCGCCUCCUCAGUCUUUGUUUCUUAUGAGGAUUAACCUUAUCGGGCAUCCAGAAUCCAGGCUCCUUCGUUGGUGAGCUCUGUGUGUGUUGCUACUGUCACAAGAUAAAGUAAUAAGUAUGUGCUGCAUCUCUUGAGAUAUAUUUAAGUAGUUGAGAGUUGAGAUGCAUAUGAAAGUGUAUUUCGAUAGUGUCUUCCUUUUUUACGCCAAUUCAAAGAUUCCAACGUCUUCACGACCAUUACGACAAAGCAACAACGCGGAAGCACUUCAAGACCGCAACCGAGUUCCGAAUCAAAUUAGAUACGUUGAGAAUUUUGCGAAACUUAUAGACUCUUCGUGAGGCCUUAUUUAUAGUAUAGGCCAGGAAUGGAAAAAAGAGAGGAGUCGUCCUUGCCAGCCUGCGUGGACGAGGAUCCGAGAAGAUCCAGCCUUUAAGGAGGAGUAGCUCGGCGUGCUCGUCGGCGGCGGGGCUCAGCUGGCAAACCGAUACUUCAGCUGGUCUGCGUUCGCGUCGGGGAUGUCGGAGCGCCUCUGUACACUCGUCGCACCGACCGCGCUCAGCCUCGCCGAGACGUUCGUCCUGCACUCAGCAGUACCUUGCACCUCGAGAGCAAGGAAGACUUCAACAGAAUAUGUCUUACAGCGAUGGCGGUGGCAGUGGACGUUCCUCACGUAAAGGCAGUAGAUCUCCCAAAAAGUUGCGUGUGACAAAGUCUGAGAAUAGUGAUAAAACUGUGACUAGUGUUAGUUACGGGCAUCACCAUCAUCAUCACCACCACCAUCAUCAUCGCCCUGUUGAAGGCCAGCAUCCCUCAGUGCACAAAAAAAAUCUCUAUAUUGUAUCACUUCCCUUGAUACUUCUAUUUAAUGUUCUCCGAACAAUUAUUUACCAAUUGUAUGUGAUUUUCAAGUACAUUUAUGCAUCGACGUCACAUUUAAUGUUUAAAAGGCAUUCAAGUAGAAACACAUGUCAGCUGGAAAUUAUAGUUGAUAGAAAAGCCGUUACUAACGAUAAAAGUGACAUCGAAGAUAUGUCACAUAAUACAAGAAGACCACCAGGGCCUGGCCCUGGAGAUCCACUCUUAGCAAAACAAAAACAUCACCAUCGCAGAGCUUUUGAGUACAUUAGCAAAGCUUUAAAAAUCGAUGAGGAAAAUGAAGGGCACAAAGAAAUGGCCAUUGAACUUUACAAAAAGGGCAUCGAUGAGCUGGAAAAAGGAAUCGCAAUCGAGUGCAACGGAGGUCGAGGCGAAGUUUGGGAAAGAGCACAGAGGCUUAAUGAAAAAAUGAAGACCAACUUGGGGAUGGCCAAAGAUAGGCUUGAUUUUCUUGCAAGGGUAUGUGAGCUGAAAAAUUUGGAAAUUGAUGAAGAGUCUACGGCAGCCGCGGCUGCCUCAAAGCAAUGCGAUACCAAUUGUCAAGCACAUCAGCAGGAAAAUAAGAGCUUGAGGCAUCGUCGUAUAAUGACAAAUAUCCAGGAUCCGAAAAAUUCACAAAACAUGAAUAUAGUACAGAGUACGUAUACGCAGAUUUCCAGACCGAAUGUGCAGUACUCGCGUACUGACAAGCUCAAUAUUGCGCGUGCGACCGAAGCAUCGGGACGCAAGUUCUCCGGCAAUAGCAUCGUUAGCAGCAAACGGCUUCCUGUGGUCAACAAGAGCCAGACGCUCCCGCGCAGCAUGGGCCGCUCGCAGCCGGCGCUAUCCUGUCACCGGCCCAACCUGGUGCCGCCAAAACCCAUGCUGACGCCGCCCUCAGUGAAGAGACAGCUCUCCGUACCAGGUAGUGAAUCGCCCCUACGCCGGCGACCCACAACACCAAGUGGCACAGGCAGUAAUCGCGCGGCGCCGAGCCGUAGGCAACUACCUCCGCAGCUCAAAGGUAUCGAGCCCAAGCUCGCCCAGCUCAUCCUUGACGAAAUACUCGAGGGUGGUCCACCCGUACUUUGGGACGAUAUCGCCGGCCAAGAGACUGCCAAGCAAGCCCUUCAAGAAAUGGUGAUUUUACCGUCAAUGCGUCCGGAGCUGUUCACGGGUCUACGAACACCAGCGCGGGGAUUGUUGCUGUUUGGACCCCCUGGAAACGGAAAGACGCUUCUCGCGCGUGCCGUGGCUACUCAGUGCAACGCCACCUUUUUCUCGAUAUCGGCGGCUAGUCUGACUUCCAAGUACGUGGGUGAGGGCGAGAAACUCGUUCGGGCCCUUUUCGCGAUCGCUCGGGAGCUCCAGCCCUCCGUUAUUUUUAUUGACGAAGUCGAUUCGUUACUUAGCGAGCGCAAGGACAACGAACACGAGGCUUCCAGACGGUUAAAAACCGAGUUUUUAGUAGAAUUCGAUGGUCUUCCAUGUAACCCUGAAGAAAGAAUACUGGUGAUGGCUGCAACGAACAGGCCGCAGGAACUGGAUGAGGCAGCGCUCAGGCGUUUUUCUAAAAGAGUCUAUGUUACACUGCCCGACUGUCAGACAAGAAUCAUGUUGUUGAAACGAUUGCUGGCCAAACACAACGAUCCUUUGACAAAUGAUGAGCUCAAUCAGAUGUCCAUCUUAACAGAGGGAUAUUCAGGAAGUGAUCUGACGGGUUUGGCCAAGGAUGCGGCUCUCGGUCCAAUCAGAGAGCUUAAUAUGGAGCAAGUGAAAGAUUUGUCAUUAAAUUCGGUCCGCAAUAUCACGUAUCAAGAUUUCAUAGAUUCCCUGAAAAAGGUUCGCAAAUCUGUAUCUCCUGGGAGUCUUGCAGCUUACGAAAAAUGGAGUCUUGAGUAUGGUGAUGUGAGUCUUUGAUGAAACUGCUCAAUCGAUAAAAUAUAAUUUUAGCACAGAGUGCACAAUUCUCAAAAGGCUCAAAAUAUAGUUUAGACGAUUUUUAUUAUUUUAAUAGUUAUAUUUUUCCUUAUCGAAUUUUUAAUUAUUGAAAUUGUGUCUUGAAUUUUUUUUUUAUGCACUUUGAAUCAAUGGGGUACAAGAUUUGAAAAUGUAAUGUUGCACGUCCAUUUGAGAUAAUAAAAUCAUAAAGUAUGAACAGAGGCUUGUAGACAAGCAGUAUGUUUUCUCGAGAUUGUCAGAAAGCUUUUGACAAAUAUAUAUUUGAUAGGACGUAUAGAAAAGUUAACGUUAUCUUUUUCACAGGCAACGUACGAAUUUAAAAAUCAUAUAAAUCUGUAGAACGGUAUUAAUUAAAAUUAUUAAAAAAACAAAAAAAAUUGCGGUAUCACAUUUGAUGCAUGGUUCUAUGAACACAACGAAGUGAAUAAGAUAGAUCACGAUUAAUAGUUGAUUAAAAAAAAAUAUUUUCUGGGCGCAAUCUUGCAUGGUAUUUUUAUUUUGUAUAUACAAUAUAUUAUGAAUACGUAAAGUUGUUAUAAUGAUGAAAAGUGACGCCGAAACUGAAAUGUCAGUACCAGAAUAUUUUGAUUCUGUACAAUUUCAUUAGAGUUGAUAACACGUGUACUUAAUUCAGCAUCCUAUCAGAGGGUGUAGUUUUUAUAAUUCUUAUCGCAAUAACUAGUCUUUGAAUAAUUAUUGUUUGAUGAACAAUUAGUACUAGUUAUUUUUCCCUACUCCAAGGUAUACAGACUAACACUUACUUAUUAUUGCUGUGCUUUUUUUUAAAUAGCUCAUUAUAAUACAUGAAUCAAUCUUAAAAAUCAAAGAACAAAGAUUGUUCAACAUUUUAUUAAUUAGAAAAUUUUUUUCCCAGUACGUAUUGUCACUAAAUUAUUGCGAUAACCUGCAAAUAUUUAAUUCAAAAAUAUAAAUAAUUAAAAUAGCGUAUUUUGGAGUAAGGAAGGUUCAAUAAUAAACAUAAAGUCAUAAAAUAUUUUGAAUCCUACAUUCCGAAUCGUUAGUUAUCGUUAAAGUUAUUUAUCAAAUAAUGUUACAUUGUUAGUAUUUAUUAAUUUAUUUGUACAGGUUAGAGAUUCAGCUUUAUUAGAUUGCGUAUAUGUUUUUUGCCAAAUCAAGGUGCAAACUUUCAAGUUGCCAUAAUCAUAAAUCAUAAGAAACAAAAAGCAUAGAUAUAUAAACAGGUACAUUAUCUUGAUACAAAACAUUAUCCACUGUAUAGCCUCGUUUUUCGUUAAAUGAAAUAUAUUACUUCAUUUAUGUAUCCUACUUAAAAAAAAUUUACAGUAUCUACAUAUAGUUUGUAAGUAUUGUGAUGUAUGUUUUGCGCAUGUGAUAAGAAAGUGAUAGUUUUACACUCUGAUGUCACUUAAUACUUGAUUAAUGUAAUAAGUCAUCGAGAAGUCGUCUGUUUGAUGUUGAGAAAAUACCUUCAAAAAAAAUUUCGUGCUUUAUUUAAAAAUUUUUGUAAAUUGUUAAUUGAAGUUUGAGAAGAAAACGAACAAAA